AUGCUUUGCGAUUUCUUGUGUCCUCCUGAUCGAGGCAAUAUCGCUCAUAAACUCACAUUGAACAGUGGAACAUUUUCAUCGCCUGUAGGGAGUGAUGGACAAUAUCCAAGUGGUCUCAAGUGCGCUUGGUCACUUACAGUUCAACCGAUUCAUGUAAUCCAAUUGACGUUUUCUAAGUUUGAAUUGGAACAAUCUUUGAACUGUGAAGAUGGUGAUUACGUUAUUGUUUACAACGGCGAGAGCUCACGAAAUGACCCACUGGCUACAAUCUGUGGGGAGAAUGCAAAACCAAUAUUUUCAACGACGUCCAAAAUGAUAGUGGAGUUUAUCUCAAAUGAUAAGAUUGAGCGCUCUGGAUUUACGGCCAAUUUUAAAACUGUUGACCAAUCAGCUGCCGCUUGUGCCAGUGGAAGAGGUCCUCUCAAUUUGACAGACACUAAAGGUUCAAUCAAAUCACCAGGAUAUGAUGGAAACAGCAUCUACCCCCCUAAUAUUAUGUGCCAAUGGGUUAUCAAGGCAAAUGAAGGGAUGGAGAUCGAUCUUACGGCAGAUAGAUUUGCUCUAGAAGAAUCCAGAGGAUGUCACCAUGACCACGUGGACAUCUUUGAUGGGUCUGAACCCGUGUUAUCUAAACUACUAGGAAAAUAUUGUGGCAUCCAUGCUCAUGUUGAACUCGACCACGCACCUGCUUCAAACAUGAUGCUUAUCACAUUUAUAUCCAACAAAAAUGUUGGCGGUCUUGGAUUUAGAUUUCGAUACAGUGUUUAUCCUAGGGUUGCUUCAAGGUCAAACCAAAAUGGAGCGAAAACUUUGUUAAAUCUUCCUGGUUGCGGAUUACCUGCUAUCCGAGAUGAAACAGGGAUAAAUCCUUAUAUCCUAAUAGAUGGUAGUAUUGAAGCUACCCCUCAUAGUUGGCCAUGGACUGUCAUGAUAGUAGACUCCAGUGGUAGCGCAAAUGCACAAAUCUGUGGUGGUACUUUAGUGAGGAACAACUGGGUUAUCACUGCGGCAUAUUGCAUUAGAAGUACUUCACCAUAUUCGCUAAAGGUCAGGCUUGGUGAGCACAGUCAAACGGAUUAUAACGAUGGAGGCUAUGUUGCAAAUGUUGCGGAAAUCAUGAAGCAUCCAAAUGCAAGUGAUGGAUAUGAUAUAGCAAUGUUGAGGCUUGUAGAACCACAACAGCUGACUGAUAAUGUUCAAACUGCUUGUAUUGUACAUGAAGAUGUUUCUGGUGGUCAUGGGUAUAACUGCGUUGUUACUGCAUGGAGUUCUAGGACAUAUUUUGAUAGGCCUAAUCCACCAGUUGCUCUCAAGAAAGUUGGCUUUCAAAUUCGUCCAAGAAAAGAAUGCUAUAGGCAUUAUUCGUAUUUCAAUGACACCAUGAUAUGCGCUGGAUAUAUGGAGGAUAGGUGUCAUUAUAACGAGUUUAUAGGAUCGCCAAUGGUGUGUCAGUUAUCAUCAACCCCCUCUGCACCUUGGUUUCUUACUGGUAUAGUCAACUACAUUUACUGUGCCAACGCCGAUCGACGACCUGGUGUCUUCAUAAGAAUAGCAAACGAGGAGAUUCAAAAUUGGAUCAUUGAACUAAUCGAUAAGCCAGUCCCAACAGCUGACCCAAAUGAUCCAUGCUUAAAUAGGAUUGAAUUAACUGAAUCCACUGGUGUCAUCAAGACGAAUGGUUAUCCCUAUAAUUAUGCUAUUAAUUUACAAUGUAGAUGGUUGAUAAGAGGCUCAGUGAACCAGAAUGUAAGGCUGGAGUUUACGGAUUUAAAGAUGGAGGAUGCAGUUAAUUGUGAAUACGACAAUGUCAGUCUGUUUAGUUCUGAUGCACCAGAUGAAGCAAGAAAACUUGGAACCUUCUGUGGUGUCUGGGUGGCUCCUUCAGUUUAUACGUCAACUGGGAGUAACAUGUUUAUUCUAUUCAAUUCGGAUGAUAGUGUGACGAAAUCUGGUUUCCGGGCUGAAUACACUCUUAUUACAAAUGGAGCCUCCCCAACAUCGGGCCCAACGCAACUACCUUCGGGCCAAUGCGGCAGUCCAGCCAUAACACCAUAUCUACCAAACACAGUAGGCGGUUCUGAUGAUGCUGCCAAUAACGUGGUAAAUGGAGAUAAUGAUGUACCUCAUAGUUGGCCCUGGCACGUCAUGCUCACCUCAAUGUUUGGUAACCAGUUCUGUGGGGGAAGUCUAUUGAAUGAGUACUGGGUCAUAACUGCUGCUGACUGCUUAAGCAGAUACCGAGAAGAUCAGGUUUUAGUAAGAGUAGGGGCACAUGACAAAGAUGCUACUGAGCCAAGCCAAAGGAGCUAUACUGUUAAUAGAUUCGUCACACAUCCACAAGCCAGGGACAUUGCCUUAUGGAGACUUGAUGAACCUGUAGAGAUGUCCGAUGAAGUGAGUCCAGUGUGCUUGCCAGAGACUGGGGAUGUUCCAACUGGCACAUACUGUAUGAUAAGUGGAUGGGGAUCAGGCUUCAAUGUCUGGCAAGUGGAUUUUAGCGAGAGAACCCUCCAACAGGCUGAUCUCCCAAUUAUUAGUACGCAGGUGUGCAAUCAACAUGGCAUGCACAGUGGAACGAUAACGCCAAGAAUGAUGUGUGCUGGUUAUAUUGAGAGGGGAGCGCCAGGUUUUUGCAGAGGAGAUAGAGGGGGGCCCUUGGUAUGCAGAUACCCUAAUUCAAGCUGGGAGUUAUAUGGUAUUGUUAGCUGGGAGGUGGAUUGUAAUUCGGUCCUCACUCCUGGAGUAUUUGUUAGAGUAUAUUACUACAUGGAUUGGAUUAAACAAAGACUAGCAUUACCAGCCUUGCCCCCUCUCCCUAAAGCUUGCAGUUUCCAAGUCAUUGUGUCCGAAGCAGGAGACCUUGUCUUCCCACAAUACUACGACUCUCCCAACGAGGAUGACAUGUACAGGAACCAGCUGACUUGUGUUUGGUUAAUACAGGCACCACCUGGAGAGGGUGUCAUAUUUAACAUCACCAGUAUAUCUAUUGAAUAUUAUCCAUCUUAUGGAAGAUGCACUCACGACUUCCUGUAUCUUUAUGAUGGUUCCUCAGACCAAAAUACCCGCGUAGGAAAAUUCUGUGGAAGUUCGCCCCCGGGGACAACAACGUCCACAGGAAGGAGCAUGUUCGUAGUGUUUAAGUCAGGCCCUCUCAGAGGCGGACGUGGCUUCAAAGCAUCAAUAUCCUUUACUGGUCAAACGGGAACAACAGCAGCACCUGUAACACAGCCCCAAGUCACUGAUCCACCCGCAACGGAAUCUCAAGUUAUUAACCCACAAGUUGAACAAUGUGGUAUUGGCAUUAUGCCAAAUGGCAGAAUAGUUGGAGGAUCAGAUGCGGUGCCUUAUAGUUGGCCCUGGAUGGCAAUGUUGACCACUGACUGGGGAUAUCAAUUUUGUGGAGCAACCCUUAUUGAUACAAAUUGGGUGCUAACGGCUGCUCAUUGUACAUCUGGAAUGGACCCUUGGGAUAUGGUUAUAAGACUAGGUGAAUACUCAAAGACAAAAUGUGAACUUUUGACCCAAGUAAUUCCUGUCAUUCAAAUCAUCAAUCACCCUGGGUAUGACCCUGAGACCACAAACAAUGAUAUAUCCUUGCUGAGACUUGGGAAACCAGCUGAGCUUAAUGGAUAUGUUGGGAAGGCAUGUCUUCCUGCAGCUGAACCUGAACCGGGACGCCAGUGUGUUGUCACUGGCUGGGGCACCACUGAAGAGGAGGGUUCAUCUAGUGAUAAAUUGAAGGAGGUGCAUGUCCCCAUUAUAUCUCGAACUACUUGCAAUUUACAAUAUAAUGGCAGCAUCACAGAUCAGAUGAUAUGUGCAGGAGAACUGCAAGAGGGAGGAAAAGACUCAUGCCAGGGUGAUUCAGGUGGUCCUCUUGUAUGUAAAGAAGAAAGCAAUGCAUGGUCUGUCUAUGGUGUUGUGAGUUGGGGGUCUGGUUGUGCUAGAGUUGGCAAGCCAGGUGUAUAUGCAAAUGUAGCACAGUAUCUCACCUGGAUAGACGAUUCAAAAGAAACUCAGGCACCGGCUCCUGAACCCGAGCUUCCACCAGAAUGCACUGGUUCACCAGUCCAACUCUCGGGCGCAACUGGCAUAUUUACCUCACCCAACUAUGGACGAUUUGAUUAUCCACAUAAUGCUACGUGUACAUAUGUUAUAACAUCACCUCCUGGAACGGUUGUGCAGCUUGAAUUCAAAGAAUUCGAUGUCGAGCCAUAUCCCGAGUGUAUAGCUGACUAUGUGACGAUCAUUGAUGAAACGGCACGUUCCACUCACAAACUCUGUGGGGCUGGGGAGAUGGGCGUCUUUGCAUCUACAUCCAAUACACUUACGGUGGAGUUGUCAACGGAUAACAGUGUAAGACAUCCGGGUUUCACUGCGGUCUACACAGCAACUGAAAUAGGCUGUUCAGUCCAAGCCCAACCAUCAAUAACCCAUACUCCAGGUACUCUUACACCCUCUGAUUGUGGUGUACCUUUCAUAUCACCAAAUAUACAGCCUAGGAUUGUUGGCGGUGAUAUUGCUAAGCCAAAUUCUUGGCCAUGGCAAGUGAUGCUGACAUCAACAACCAGUCCUAGUAAUCAGUUCUGUGGUGGAUCACUGAUUAGCCCUUAUUGGGUGCUCACAGCUGCUCACUGCACAGAUGGAUCUGAGACCAAUGUUGUAGUAGGUGCACAUGAUAAACUAGCUUCCGACAGCCAAGAGGAUGGAAGACAAAUUAUUCAAGUUGUUGAUGUCAUAGAUCAUCCCAGUUAUAAUGAAUCUACAUUUAAUAAUGACAUUUCCUUAUUACACCUAGCCAUGCCGGCUACAUUGGGUGAUAAAGUAGGUUUAGUUUGUCUUCCAACGAUUGAACCUGUAAAUGAUGACUGGACUUACACUACUGGCUGGGGAGCUACAUCUGCUGGAGGUCCCGCUAGUAAUCAAUUGCGUCAGGUUAUGGUCAAAAUCAUCGGUAGACAAAAUUGUAGGACUAUGUACUCUACACAUGAAAUCACUGAUAACAUGAUCUGUGCUGGAUAUGAAGGCGGUGGCAAAGAUUCAUGUCAGGGUGAUUCUGGUGGCCCAUUAGUCACACCAAUAGGGGAGUAUGGGCAAUCAGGCUGGAGGUUAUCUGGGGUGACUAGCUGGGGCCAAGGGUGUGCCUCGCCCAAUAAACCAGGUGUUUACACAAACGUUAUCAAAUUUGUCGACUGGAUCAGAGGAAUUGUGGCUGAUCUUCCUUCUGGCACUACUUCACAGCCCACAACACAACCCACAACCAGUACAUCACAACCCACAAUCAGUACACCACAAUCAACGAGUACAACAACACAACCAUCUGCGCAGCCAUCCAACAGAGAAUGUGGCCAACCUGCGCUGCCACCAAUUGUAACCAAAGUUGUCGGAGGUGUACCUGCCAAACCACACAGUUGGCCCUGGCAGGCCAUGCUUGUCUCUCCAAGCAGCGGGGAUUAUAUAUGUGGGGGAACAUUGAUUGAUCCAAACUGGGUGGUGACAUCUGCCAUUUGCACGUUUUGGAUGAAUAUCAUGAAUAUCCGUGUUAGACUUGGAGAGCACCACAGGUUUAGUACUGAUGGCAAGGAGAGGAAUGUCAAUGUCACACAGAUUAUUCCACAUGAUGAUUUUGAACCGGGUGGUAAUGAUAAUGACAUCUCUCUGUUGAGGCUUGCUGAAACAAUCACACAUACUGAUGAGAUAAGUCCUGUUUGUCUUCCUUCUGAUGGUGCGAGUGAUGGCAAAUACUGUACUGUAACUGGAUGGGGACCUCACGACGGGUCCGGUUGGAAUUUAAGUACAGUGCUCCGUCAAGUUGAGGUGCCCAUAGUAUCAACAAAUAUAUGUAAUGGUAACCAGACGUACAAUGGUUUAAUCACAGAGAAUAUGCUUUGUGCUGGAGAGCCUAGAGAGGGCAAGGACUUCUGCAUGACCGAUCGUGGUGGGCCUCUUGUGUGCACAGUUGGGGACACCUUGACCUAUGAACUGCAAGGGAUUGUCAGCUGGGGCUCGUGUGCAUUUGGUAAUAUACCAAGUGUAUAUACUAGAGUGACAAGAUAUUUAACCUGGCUUAAAGAGAUGGUGAACAGUACAAUUACCGAUACUGCAAGAACUACGACGAUGAAACCUACAAACUGUGGUAGUAUGCUCACUUCAGACGAGGGAGAGAUUAAAUCCCCUAACUGGCCUGGGAAAUACCCAGAUUGGCAAGAUUGUCACUGGUUCAUAGAACUAGAGGAUCCAUCAAUGGCGGUUGAACUUACAUUUACCGUAUUUGAUCUCGAGUAUAUAGAAAGGUGUUUAUUUGACAACGUGAAACUCAUUGAUGGUGUCGAUGGCACGUCUUUAUCCGAGGCACUGUGCGGACAGUUGAAUGAUCUGCCUCAAGUCACAUAUUAUUCAAAUUCUCACAAAUUGGAGGUCAUCUUUACGAGUGAUUCAAGCAUAAAUGGACUGGGAUUUCUUGCAAAUUUUCAGUCUGUUCAAGAACUGACAACAACAACAACAGUUCCAACCCCAGCCCCUACCCCUGUAUUAGAAUGUGGAAACCCCUUACAUUUGAAUGGAACCACUGGAGAGUUUAAUUCCCCUAAUUUUUAUAAUGGAGGAUAUGAUAAUAACGAAUACUGUUCAUGGAUGAUAGAUGCUCCAGAAGGAAUGAAUGUGCAGCUGACAUUCAAUACAUUUGACCUUGAAUAUAUUGACGACUGCUCUUUUGACUAUGUAAAACUGACAGAUGAAGAAGGGACCAUUGGUGAAUUCUGUGGGUCCACUAUCCCAGAUCCAAUAAUAUCUAUAGGACAUUGGAUUGGUGUCGAAUUCAGAAGCGACAACACUAUCAAAGGGAAAGGAUUUCAAGCAUCUUACGCUGUAAUUGAAGAACGAAGUCUUUCGUCACGCACUAAACCAACCGUAGACCCCUGUGAGAGGACAUUGGUGAUUAGAAACGCGGGUAGUGGAUAUGUUACUUCACCAGGCUAUGAUGCUGGUGAAAAUUACGACCCAGAUAUAACCUGUAAAUGGCGUAUUAUGGCACCUGACGAUAUGGUUGUGUCUUUGUAUGUAGAGGUCAUGGAUAUGGAAUGCCAUAAGACUUGCAGAUAUGACAAAUUAUUGGUGUAUGAUUCUAACAAUAAUGCGAAUAAACUUGAUAUGAUAUGCUGUAACGAUUCUGGUGGAGAGUACACGACCACUCAGAACAAUAUGUUCAUCGAGCUGAAGACUGAUGCCUCUACACAGGCAUCUGGGUUCAAACUACACUAUUGGACACAUAUCGCAGUUAGAAAGGCUUUGGCAUCAGAUUUCACUAAAGAUGAGUGUGGCGUUACACAUGUGAAUGAGACGCAUUCGAAGAUCACUGAAGCUGUGUCCGCGACCCCUCAUAGCUGGCCCUGGACGGUUAGUUUACGCUUGAAUGGAGAUCACACAUGUGGUGGCUCAUUGAUCUCAGAGAAUUGGGUCAUUACGGCUGCACAAUGUAUGGCUCAUGCAUUGGAUCCUGAAGACUGGAGUGCCUCUUUAGGUGAACACAAACGCUCUGACAACUCUGACGGUCAAAUAACGCAAGACAUUGAAGUGAUUGUGACACAUCCCGACUAUGAUGGUGAUGUGUCCAAUGAGAAUGAUAUUGCGUUGGUCCGCCUUGGGGGAAGUGUGAAAUUAGGCCCCUACAUAGCUCCAAUAUGCCUACCAGAGCAUGGAAAGGAUCUAUAUGCAGUCAUAGAGGAGCAAGGGGACUCUGAGAAUCUGCAUGAUUGUACAACUGUAGGCUGGGGAGUGCAAGGUAUAAAUGGUGGACUGUCAGAUGUCUUACAGCAGGUGAAAGUACCCAUUGUGAGUCAAGAUGAAUGUAAUUCGGCUAAUGCCUAUAGUGGUGAGAUCACAAGGAGUAUGGUAUGUGCUGGCUAUAGCACAGUUGAAGGCACAUGUCAGGGUGACUUUGGUGGUCCUUUGAUGUGUCGAGACUCACCGGAUUCUAAUUACUGGUCCCUAGUUGGAGUAAGAAGCUUUGGAGAAGGAUGUGCCUCCCCAAAUCACCCAGGGGUCUACACCAGGGUGGCUAGCUAUAAAUACUGGAUUACUAACACCAUGGACACUGUUGAUGAUAAACUUAACAAUAAGAAAUCUAGUGUGGAGAAUAGGGAGAGAGAUGAUGCAGAUGUAGAAGAUGAAUCUGAAGAUGAAAUAUUAUAA